UAGAAGCAAAUGGCUUGUUCAUUCGGCACCACCUUAUACCGUAGCUGCCCAACGCCGCCGCGGCCGGAGCUUUGGCCUGCCCGUCCACGUCGCCGCCUUUGCAUGUCGUCUUCGGUCAGAAUCGUGGUGCCGCCGCCACCGGUCAUCACGAGUUACGAUGUGCUGCGCAAAUACAUACGUCAGCCAUCGAUGCCACAUCCUUUCAAAGAAGACGAGGAAGGCAACAAGAGAAGGGAAUAUCUGCUGGAAGAAACAGCAAGAACACUGAGAAGAUCAUCUAAACCGCCAUUGGAGACACUCAAGCUCAUCGACACCAUCCAACGCCUCGGAAUCGCCUACUAUCUCGACGACGAAAUCACCGCCCUUCUCCAGAACCAGUUCUCCCUCGCCGGAGAAGAUGAUGACCUAAUCGCCACCGCCCUAAGGUUCCGAUUGCUCCGCCAUAAUGGCUUCCCCGCCGCCGCAGACGUGUUUCUGAAAUUCAUGGAUGAGAGGGGGAAAUUCAAGGAAUUGUCCAUGCCGGAGGGCGGAUUAGGGCUGCUGAGCUUGUACGAAGCGUCGUACACAGGCGCUAGAGGAGAAGAGACGAUAAUGGAGGAAGCAAAGGUGUUCUCGAGAGCUCGCCUUCAGCAAUGGCUUCCUCAGCUUCCACAACAACUCCGGCAGGCGGCGGCGCAAGCGCUGGCGGUGCCGACGCACCGGCGGAUGGCGCGGCUAGAGGCCAGGCGAUACAUUCAGGAAUACGGUGGGGGUAAUAGAGAGCUGAUCGAACUUGCAGUAUUGGAUUAUAAUAGAGUUCAAGCUCAACACCAAAUGGAAUUGACAGAACUCACAAGGUGGUGGAAACAACUAGGGCUUGUUGAGAAGUUACCGUUUGCUCGGGAUAGACCGUUGGAGUGUUUUCUAUGGAGCGUUGGACUUCUUCCGGAGCCCAAAUACUCUACAUGUCGAAUAGAAUUGGCUAAAACCAUUGCCGUUUUAUUGGUCAUUGAUGAUGUUUUCGACACUUACGGCAAAAUGGACGACCUAUUGCUCUUCACCGAUGUUAUUAAGAGAUGGGAUCUUGCAGCCAUCGAAACCCUUCCCGAAUACAUGAAAAUAUGCUACAUGGCAUUGUACAAUACGACUAAUGAAAUAUGCUACAAAGUUCUCAAGGAGAAUGGAUGGAGUGUUCUUCCUUACCUUAAAUCUACGUGGAUAGAUAUGAUCGAAGGUUUCAUGAGGGAGGCGAAGUGGUUCAACGGGGGUCGGCCCCCAAAUUUGGAUGAGUAUGUCGAAAAUGGUGUUUCCACUGCCGGGGCAUACAUGGCUUUGGUGCAUCUAUUCUUCCUAAUCGGGGAAGGCAUCAACGAAGCAAACGCUCAAUUGUUAACCAAACCCUAUCCAAAGCUCUUCACGGCUGCCGGCCAAAUUCUUCGCCUUUGGGAUGAUCUUGGAACGGCCAAGGAGGAGCAAGAACGAGGGGACUUUGCGUCAAGCAUACAUUUAUAUAUGAAGGAGAAAAACUUGGGGAGUGAAGAGGAAGGGAGAAGUCGUAUUUUGGAAAAGAUAAACAACUUGUGGAAAGAUUUGAAUGGAGAAGUCAUGUACAACCACACGCGGAUGCCUCUACCGAUUAUUAAAGUCGCGCUUAACAUGGCUAGAGCUGCACAAGUUGUGUACAAUCACGACCAACAUACUUAUUUUUCUAGCGUCGACAAUUAUGUUGAGGCCCUCUUCUUCACUCCUCUAGCAAUUUGAAUACAUUCUUCCUUGAUGCAAUGCAUGUAUGUAUGUGCGUAUAGACUUAGUAUAAAUGUAUGUAUCCAUAAAAAAAAUUACAUGCAAAAAUGUAUUUUGGUUUUGAAGAGAAUUUAGGAAUAUGAACUUUUUGUAUUUCACCAAAGAAGUAAUUUACA